GGGACCAAAUGACUGUGACCAAGGGCGGCAGCCGCCACCGCCGCCGAGAGAGCAGCGAGCCGCAGCGGCAGCAGCAGCCCCGCUCCCCGGCGGCGAUGGCGGCGGGCGGCGGCGGGGCUGAGCGGAGCUGAGCCGGGCCGAGCCGGGCCGGGCCCCCGCCGCGGCCCCGCAUGGCGCGGGCCUGAUGUCGGAGCGCGGCCCGGAGCCGCGGCGGCGCUGCGGGAGCAGGAGGAGGAUGGCGGGGCUGGCGUGGAAGUGGCCGCGUACCCGCCUGCCCGUAGGCGCCAGCGCCCUGGGCGUCUUCGUCCUCUGCUGGCUCUACGUGUUCCCCGUGUACCGGCUGCCCGACGAGAAGGAGAUCGUGCAGGGUGUGCUGCUGCAGCAGGGCAAGGCGUGGAGGAGGAACCAGACUGCGGUCGCCCUGUUCAGGAAGCUGCUGGAAGAAUGCUGUGACCCUGGCCAGCUCUUUGCUAUGACUAAGAUGAAUUCCCCCAUGGGAAAGAACCUCUGGUUUGAUGGGGAAUUUUUAUACUCUGUCACAAUUGACAAUGCAACUUACUCUCUCUUCCCACAGGCUACUCCCUUCCAGCUGCCACUGAAGAAAUGUUCCGUGGUGGGAAACGGUGGGAUCCUGAAAAAGAGUGGCUGCGGCAAACAAAUAGAUCAAGCAGAUUUUGUCAUGCGGUGCAACCUUCCUCCUCUAUCCAGUGAAUACAGCAAGGACGUUGGAUCCAAAACCCAACUGGUGACUGCAAACCCCAGUAUAAUUCAAAAAAGGUUCCAGAAUCUGCUGUGGUCCCGAAAAGCCUUUGUGGACAGUGUGAAGGUCUACAACCACAGCUACAUCUACAUGCCAGCCUUCUCCAUGAAAACAGGGACAGGACCCUCCCUGCGUGUCUACUACACCCUGGAGGAUUUCGGUGCCAAGCAGGCUGUCCUGUUUGCCAACCCCAACUUCCUGCGGGACAUCGGCAAGUUCUGGAAGAGCAAAGGCAUUCACGCCAAGCGCCUCUCCACGGGACUCUUCCUGGUCAGUGCUGCCCUUGGGCUGUGUGAGGAGGUGACCAUCUACGGCUUCUGGCCCUUCUCGGUGGACCUGCACGGGAAGUUCAUCAGCCAUCACUACUAUGACAACGUCCUGCCCGACUCCGGGUUCCACGCCAUGCCCGAGGAGUUCCUGCAGCUUUGGUUCCUUCAUAAAAGCGGUGUACUGAGAAUGCAGCUCGAACCUUGUGAGGACCCUCUAACCCAGACUUCAGCCUGAGGAUCAGAGUCACUUUGGGAGAUCAGGAGUUUUUAAUUUCCAUGCUCUCCAACAGAGAGUUCUGGUUUAUGUUGGUUGUUUUUAAAGGGAUCUGCAUGGACCAUAAAAAUGCUACUUGAAGGCCAAAUGGAAUGUGUCCUUCUUGUUUAGUGCUUUGUGGAACUGGGAGAGGAUGAGUGUAUCUCUCCAUCAAGUCCAUUCAGCAGUGGUGGGGAAAAAAUGUCAGAAACAGCACAGCUAAACUUUCCAGGGAUGUUUUUAAGUGACAAGUGUAAAAAGGGCAUUAAGGCUCAGAGAGUAACCGGGCCACUCAUAAGCUUUUUCUGACAGUGCCAAAUAUGACUAUUUCUUCCAAAUUCCAUUUCAUUCCAGGUCAGCACCCUGUAGAACUUUCCUUUUUCCUUGCUUUUUCCCUCUGUUUGGGUGUGUGUGUGUGUAGGACAGCAUGUGUGUGUCAUUGACUCUGUUUCUUUUCCUUUUAUUACUUUUAUUUUUGAUGUGUCACCCCCUCCUCUGAGGAAGGAAAAGGAAGGGCUUGAAAGCCCAAGGAGCUGAGCACCAUUAGCUCCUCUGAAGACUCUUGGGAGAGUGAAGGUGCUAAGAAUCUGGUUAGAAUGUCAUAGGAAUGCCUUGCUGCUGGGGACAGAUAGACCUCUGUGCUGUAGGUCUUAUCAGGAUGGUUCAGGUCACUGCACUUGCAGUUAUGCCAGUGCUGUACUAUGGGCUGGAGCUGGUUAAGGCAAACUGGUCUGAAAAUAAAGCAUGUUACAAAACCAGCAGUGAAGUGCAGCCUGGUUUCAGUGACCUGCUGCAAGAUCUCUGCAGUGACUUUCAUAGCAGGGAUGGUUCCUGACCUGUUUUUCUGUCCAGCCUUAGGGAUUAAUUCUGUAUUCAUUUGGACUCCAGAUGCUCAUGGACUGUUGAGGUUAUUUGAGGGGUUCAGUGGAAUGUAGAAUGAGGUUCUUCCUGUGCUUACAGCAGGAAAAUUGCAGAAAUGAAUGUAAGUGUCAUUUAAAAUCAGUUGAAGCUUUGAAAAUUGUUUCUCUGCGUGUGACUUGCUCUUCUGCUUGGAUUGUAACAUUAGCCUUAAAGACUUGUACUUCUUACAUGAGAUUGUCUCUGCUUAAAGAGAGUCUGGGAAAUAAAACAGCCUUGCUGCACAGCCAGCAAGAAAAAGGAAAAAAGAGGAAGGGUAUGCCUGAUGCAAGGCAGCCCUGCUCGCAGUGGUGAAUCCUGUCAGUGUGCACAGUGCCUGAAGGACUGUUUUAUUUUGGGUUGUUACUUGGGCAGCAGAUGGUCCUCUCACUGUGGAAAUGAGAAAUUGUUUUGUUUGUUUGCUUUGGUUUAGCACUGGAGGACAAGAGGAGAAUCCCAGCUCGGUCUGCAGCACAAUUUAAGCUGCAAGAUGUUGCCACUAUUAACUUGAAAAAUCCAGAUCAGUGUUCUCUUUCUUAUUAUCUUAUUAUCGAAAAUCUAGUCAAGGUGUUGGAACAACAAAACUGUCAACUUUCGACAACAGUUUCCUGUCCUGUUCUAGCUCCAAGUUUCUAGUAUUUUCAGGGAUGUGUCUUCUCAAGUGUUGAUAAGGUCUCUCCUUGUAGACUACCAGCUGCAAGUUCUACAGAUAUAAAUAAUUUUUUUAAAAAAGUGAAAUCCAUGGCUCUUUAAAUAUGAAUAGUUCAACACUCUGUGUAAGAAACUGGGGAAAAAAUAGUCAUGUUUUUCUUUUUAAACAUAUGUUUCAUAAUAUGGAAUAUGGUUAUUCCAAGCAUAAAGUGGGCACUGUUUUGUAGGAUUACAGGGCAGUGCUAAAGGGUAAGGUGGAGAUUUUGGAGUGUUCUAGCUAUUGUUCUGAUAGAAUCUGAAUGUACCUCAUAGCCCAUGUUAUCUUUGUCCCUGUUUUCAUUAAAAGUACAGUCAGCACACUGAUGGAACAUCACCUGAUAAUUCAUUCUGUUUCAUUAGUGCAUUAUCUAUGAUGUGGUGACUUGGUGAGGAAGGAUUUGAAAGUAAAAUGUUUUCCUUUCUGCUUGUUAUGGCAGAAUUUGAUUGAGCUGCCUUUCUUGGAGACAAAGAGGUGCCUGUAUGGUUUUUAUUGGGUGCAUCAGGUUUGCACUUUUGAGUGCUUUAUAGAUGACAUUAUCUGUGAAAACAACAUUGGAAUACGAUGCGCUAAAAAUGGCACAUCAGCAGGGGGCCAGUGUUUCCUUGAGAGCAGGAGGGAACGAGGAGAGUGAGGGGGAGCUGCCUCUUUGCUGGUCAUCUUCUGGUGUUUUUACCAGUACUUAGGAAUUCACUUCUGAACCUUUCUUGCAGCUCUCCAACCCCUCGGUAAUUAUUUAUUCUGUGUGUUGGGAAAAUAAUUGGAUUAAAAGAACAAGUGGUUUUGUAGGAAAACUCAGUCCUGUGUUUUGUAAUACCUGGCUUGUUCAUGUUCAGCCGGUGCCCUGGAUACCUGGAGGUGUAUUCCCCACCUCGGCAGGACUGAACCUCAGGCCUUUGUGAGCCCCUUCUGGUGUCUGCAGUCCUGAUGUUUGCUUGGAGACAGCUUCCAAGGAAUUGUGGGGGCAGGAGGCACCCAGGCUGUGUGUGAUGUGCAGCUGAUAAUGGAGAAAUCUAUGGUUCUGGCUCUGUUCACAUCUACAUACAGGGAGUAUAACUGGCACACACAGUAUAAGGCAGCCACAUCUAUAACUUCCAGAAAACUGGCAGUUGAGAAGAGGAGAGAAACAAAAAUAAAUGUCACUUUUAAGAGGCAAAAUCUGUUUUAGCUUGUCAGUCCAUGGAAAUGCUGGCCAGCAACCAGCCUUUUGCCCAGCAGAUAAAAAGGGAUGCAGGAGAGCACUGCAAGUCUUCUGCAGCAAGAGCAGUCAAAAAGGCAAAACCAAGUAGCUGGGAACGUAAGAGUGGCUGUUCCUGGGAGAGAUGUUGGAGUGCAGGCUCAUCCAGGUGGAGUGUGGAACUUGCCUUGGGGAUACCUUGGAGGAGAGCAGUCCAUGUGUAGGACCACUGAAAUAUGGCAUUGCAUGGAAGGGCCUGAGAAUUUAUCCAUCUUCAGGAGGGAGGUCAUUGCUUGUGUUGCUGUAUUUUUAGUGAAGUCUUUUGAAAUCUUAAUAUUUGUUAGUGAAAUUCCCUGCUGCAGCACCUCUAUUUCCACUGCCAGUCCCUGGGUUUCCCUGAUAGUGUAUCAAGCUGCACAAAUCUGCCAGAUUGAAAGCCACUGCAGUUCACCUUCAAUAAAAACUGGUUCAGGCUGGCCAAAUGAUUUGUUACUAUUCAUAGUUAUUAAUUUUAUCAUAAAGCUGACAAGGGAUAGAAGUGCUAGAAUAUUGCUCUGCCUGUGGAGCCAUCAUUGUCUCAUGUUUGUAAGAAUAAAUUGAAUACCGUUACAAGGAAGGUAUGCACUGGAAUCCCUCUCGAUACAAUCUUUUUGGGGCUGUAUAUGUUCUUGAGGAAAUCAAGACCAGUUUUUGAACUUGUGACUAAACUUUGUGAAACUUUCCCUCCUUAUUGAUUAGGAAGCCUCUUGGAGUUCUUUCUAGAUGAGACAAGCAAAACAGAAACCAGCAAAGUAAAAUCCUAGAGAAGGGAGUGGGAGGUGUGCUCAUGAGAACAAAAACAUCUCUAAUUUUGGCACAGACUUUGUUACAGUGCUAAGAACUCAUGCUCAUCAAUGUUGUAUUAUUAUAUUUUUGCUGGAAUUAAGAUAACAAGUUUGGUAUGAGGCAGCUACUAAAGUCAAAUGUCUAAGCCUCUGUUACAGCUGAAGUUUUACAGAAUAUGGAAAUAUUGGCUGUUUUUUUGACUUCACUACUUUCAUCUUUUUGUUAUUUUCCUCAAAAUUAAUGUUGUUUUCUAGGCAGCUGAGUUAGCACAUGAUAGCUGAAACCAAGCAAAGCAUCUGUUUUUUGAAACUUAGUGUCCUGAAACGUGUUAGUUAUAGAAAACCACUCCUGGAAACAGCUUCAUGAAUACUAACCUAGUAUCGGGUUCACCCUUGCCUGUAAUUAAGGUGCAAGGGAACUUUUUAUUUAGAAGUGAGGAAAAGGAAGGAGGUGACAGCCAUCUCACCAUUUGCUGCCUCUCUGACUCUUCUUCAGCUUAAUAGAUUAGUAAGUGUUGGAAGAAGUCCAGGUUAUAGGAAGGACAAGCUGUUUUUUCCUGCCACUCCCAUCAAAACACAGAUAUAAAAUGAACUAGCCAGCUGCUGUCUUGAAUCAUGGCCUCCUUCAAAAGCUCACAUGGUGGAGUUUCCAUUAGCUGAUUUUUCCAGGUAAGCAAAAUUCAUCAGGCUUUGUCCAGAAAUGCCUGUUCCCCAUCUCCAUGAUUGUUUGAGGGGUAUUCUGGGUACUGUAGCUGUCCUAGUGUGCAGUGACCUCCUCUUAAUGUGGACUUCUCUUUCUGCCCCAAACCAUUACCCUGCAGGAUCUCUCCUCCCUGUCCUUCCAGAUGACCAUUCCCUUUGGGGAUAGAAGUGUGAUUUUAAAAAAUCUUGCCAUAAGGCAGCUAAUAUGUUUUGUAGUUUGAACAAGCUUUUCUUUUAAACUGUUGACAUAUCCACCAAGAGCUCAAAAUAGCUCCAAAUAAAAAAUAUGGCUUCAGCCAGGUGUUGGUAAUUGCCUUACUGGAGAAGAGAGAGAGGAGAGAAGGAUGUGUUUUUCAAGGCAGUUGUUGUAAAAUAAUAUCUGUUACCUUGAAUUCCCAUACUUUACCUCUUGGGAUCUAUCAUAUGUUUGACUUUUUUGUAGUUUCUAAACAGAACAUUUAGUAAAAGACUUGGAGUUCUUUUUGUUAAAUAUUAACAAACUCAUUUACAUAAGUGGAAUGCAAAGAGCCAACAGGAGGCUUAACCUAUCCUCCCUGGCUAAUAUUUUUUGGCAGCAGUGAGAACCUAAACAGCUACUCAUUUCUCUCUGAUUAUUCAUUUUCAUCAGUUUUUAUUGCAGCAGGCUGAGCCCUGGAGUAUUCAGCCCCUUCAGCUUAAUGCAUGUGCUUUAGAAUGAAUUUCGCUCUGCUUUUCAGCUGUUGUGGUAGGGGGAAAAAAUGUGUUGCUAAUUGAAAAUGCUUGGUUUGGUGCAACCAGGAGAGAGGCACUGCCAGAUUCAGGCUCCUUCUGGCCAUUCUGAGUUCUCUGCAGGAGUGUGAAAACACUCCAGCUGUGGCUGUGAGGCCCAGCUGUGCAGGGCAGAGCAGGGGCUGGAGUUCUCCCCCUGUGGAAGAGGCUGAUUGUUCCUCGUAGCCACCUCUGUGGCUUUGCCCAGUGCCCAGCAAUGCCCCCUGCCUGGGCUCAGCACCAGGGGAUGCAGCUCCAGGACCAGCUUAUGCCCCCAGCUAUGGCAAGUCCUGUCCUGCUUCACAGUCAGGAGUGCUGGGCUUGCUGGGAAUGGUGGUAACUCAUCCUUUUGGAGACCAGCCUGCUCUAAGCAGCACUUGAAAUGCCUGGAAAGUCACAGGAAGGUCCAUUAAAGCUGUAUCUUUAAUUAUUGACUGUGUACUCCCUCUGCUGUGGGGUCAGCUUUCUGCUGAGCUGAAUAUUUAUUCUAUCGGGGACUGUCUAAAGCAAAGGACCUUUAGCACUCUGACCAUGUGGAAAUUACUGUGUUAUUUGAGCCCUUCAUCUUCCAAGUUCAACUUUUUUUUUUCUCCUUUUAUCCUGGAUUUAACUCCUGUGAGUGAAUCCAGAGUGAGUUUAAGAAAGCAGCACCACUAGUACUUGUUCUCUGGGCUUAUGAAAAAUGUGGUGUUCAAAAAAACACUGGAGUACCUUUUGGACAGUUCCUUCUGAUUUCUAAUUGUAUAUUCAAUGAAUUGUUUCAGUCAGAUGGGACCCAUAGCAGAGACGAGUUGCAUUAUUUUCUGUUAAUUGGAAGGAAACAAUUACAGAACUUUAUUAUAUUUCAAACUGAAUUCUUAUCAACAACUUAAGGAAUCUUCCUUCUGCAGGAAGCUUUGUUAUUGGGUGAUUAUCUUGCUAGUAAACGAAAAUUCUUCACUGAAAAUAAAUGCAUCAUCUGGAGUACUGAGACAUCAAUUUGAGUCUCUACUCAGAUAUCUCCAACAAAGAUUUUGGUGUUCUGCAAAAGUGCCAUAAUCGCAACUUAUUUUUUCUUUUGUGCAUGUGUUCUUAUAGGAAAUGCUUGAAAUUUUUUUAAUAAGCCUUCCAUGUGCUGAAAACAAACACUCCUCCAUCAGGAACACAAGUUUCUUUUCGGGUACCCACUGUAUGCAAAGUGAAACUGCCAGGAGAUGUCCAGUUUUCAGGAAAAUGCUGGUUUGGAGUAGUCGGGCAGGACUCCUUGGAGCACGUGAGUUGACUGCUGCCUCUUGAGCUGUAGAGUUUGGGCAGAUGAUACAGAGUGUGCUGCACAGACAGGAAAAAAGAAAAGAUAUUUUAGCCACAGCUCUGCCUGCUUGAUGUCUCCCACUGUGGAGAGGGCCCUUCAAGGACUCUGAUGCUGCAGAUCAGUCAUGUGUUGACUGGUUUUAAAGGCCUGGCCUUUGUACUGAAAGCUACAAGGAGGGUGGAAAUGACUGGGAAUUAUGUCCUUUAGUGUAUUAUGGUUUGGUCACUGCAGGGUUUGGCCUGUUACAAAACUUACACAUAGAAAUCAUUUUAUCUGAGCAUCCAAAAGCCAUCUUACCUGAGUAAGAGACUUGCAUGUAGGAGGAGGUCACUGGAAGGUGACUGCCUGAUGCUGCAGAGUGCAGAAACUACUGUGGUUUUAUUUCUAUCAAUAAUGAAAUCCCCACUGAGGUAAUAUUGGGUUAGGUCAGCUUUCAGUGCUCCUGCAACUCCCGCUUCAUAAGCAUUUCCAAUAAUUGUGCCAUGCAGAGGCAUGAAACAGGAGAUUUUUUUCUUGCUCACACGUCACCUUGCAUUGACAGUGGAACAAAAAGUCAGUCAGAGCUCUUACCCUUUUCAGAGGGCUCUGAAGACUCCCUAAAUAAUAUAUAGGCACACAGUUACAUAAAUAUAAAUAAAAUAGCCUGAAGUUUAUAGCUCAGAUGCUGGUUAGUAUCUUGAAUAAUUUGUUUCAAAUCAUUCAGAGGAAAAAAAAAGCAAAAAUUUUACAUGUGAAAAAAAUAUCCCCCUUUUUUUUUUUUUUUCCUCCUAAAAUGUAGGUUCAGCUCUUCUGAAAGCCCUGUCUGCUGCCAUUUAGUAGUGGUGGCCAAAGAAGCAGGCAAAGAUCAGAAAGGAGAUGAAUGCACAAAAGGACACAAUAUUUCUGGUAAAGAUGAAGGGAUGGAAGCAUAGAUUUAAAUGCUUGGAACCCAAAGCUGUUAAUUGAUGUUAAGUCUUUAUUCUAUUGUUUCUCCUUCUCUCAGUUUUUGUGCUGGGGUGAAACUUGCCCUGUUCAGAAGUUGCUUAAAAUUUUCUCUGCUCUACACUGAACUUUCCUCUGGCCCUAAACCUAAAAAAUUACCUGAGAGGCAAAAACCACUUCAGGUUUAUCAAUAUUUGUAUGCAGCAUUUUACAUCUUCCUAGUACUUAUUACUCUAUUAACUCAUAAUUGAACGAAGUAGAGGAAACUGCUACUUAUCCCAGAGUUUUGAAGUCUUUCUUCCUGUGGUGAUUUCUCUGUUAUGUGAAUGAAGAUUACUUUUAGCUCAGAUAUUGUGAGAAUUAACUCAUGCUUGGCAAUCAAAGUGAAAAAACCAGAAAUUUUUAUUAAGCUUAUCUGUUUUGAACAAUGAAAACAAGCAAAUGAACUACCCUUUUUGUCUGAGUGAAUUUAUGCUUUUGUUAGGAAGUAAAAUAGGAACAUUCUGUUCAGGGCACACCUGGAUUGCAGGAAGGGAAGAGCUGUGCAUUUAUAAAGAGAAAAGAAGGUUUUCUCCUCUCAGUCACACCCUUGAAUUUAUAAACCGGAUUCUCUGCUCUCUUUCACUGUUCUGACUCAAUCAAAUCAAUAGAAUUGCCUGGAUUUCAACUAGUUGACUGUUCUCAACCUGAGGGAAUUCAUCCUAUGAAAAUUUGAAAUUAUUUUAAAGCACUGUCAGAUUAUGAUACUUAGUCAAAGUAUCAUAAUCCUGUUAUCUACCAAUUCUUUUUUCCCCCCACAAGUUUAGCAGUUUUUUGCUGUUUGUUGGUUGCUUCUAUAAGGCAAAUAUCUCACUGUGUUUCAAACUUCUGCCACGCAAAGGCAUCGCAGGUUGAAAUCCAAUCGUGAUCUGUCACAUCCUUGUCUCAUGGAAGUGAUCCAUGAGCUGCUCCGUUUGUCAAGGGCAUUGGAUGAGCCAAGUGAAAAUGAAAAAAGGAUUUUUCAACACUGGCAAGCUUCACCGUUCACUGGCUGUAACUGGGAAUUGGAUAUCCUCGAUUUAUUAUUUUUGAUGGAUUCUAUGUCUGCAAGUGUUUCCUCCCAUCAAAUAAUUUUGUUAGAUUUUAUUGAUAGAAUGGGAUGAUCUUUUCUCCCUGCUUUUUGACUGCAACUCUCCUUUUAUGAUCGUGUUUGCAAGGAAGAAAUACUUCUUUCUUCUCUCUUAUUUUUUAAAAUGACAAUUUAUAUUUAAGGCAUUAUUCUAAACUCAAAUGCUGGUUUUCUUAAAUAAGUUGGUCUCACUCUUUUUUUCUGUUUUGGGAGCAAUAUUUUCUUUUCAUAACAGUACUUAUGUUUUCAGUGAUGAAAUCUCAGCAAAUUAUCUUCCUCUUUAAAAACUGAAAGAUUUUCUGGCAUUCAUAAAACCCAGUUUAUGAAACUGUCUAGUGUCUUUGGGUUUUAUCCUAAAUUGAACAUAGUUACAUUUUGAAUCUUUGGUAUAUCAUAGUGCACUCAUACUCAAUCUGGUGUCAAAAUAGAAAUUGAUUUCCAAAAUAGCUUUCAACUUCAGUUAAAAACAGACUUUUCCCCUUAAUAACAGCCUGUAACUGCCAUGGUGAUACUGAUGCCUUAAAGAACCUAGAAAGAAAACAACACACUUUGGAGAUAAUGUUAGUACAGGUAUUAUAAAGGCUGGUCUUUAUUGGAGGCCUCCAGGGGCAGACAUCCACAAAAUGCCCACACCCCCCCCCCCCCACAGGCUGAAUACAGUUUUAUAAAUUUAGCAAAUUAGCAUAAUUGACCAAAGUAACCAAUUAGAGACAUAAGUGGUGAGGCACUUUCUCCCAGUUCAACCCUCUGAAUCCUGCUCCCCCUCCCCUUAGAUGGGAACUAAGCUGUGUUUAUAAAAAUACAUCUCAAAGAGCUGGUCCCAGCCUUGGUUCCUAGGGAGAGCCAAGACAGGAUGGGGGCCUUGGAAUGGGUUUUGUCUUUCUGUCAGGGCAGGGAAAUGUCCUGGGGAAACUAGAAUACAAUAACAGGCUGAAGAACUACAAAUAGAUGUGUAAAGAAUACACAGAAUAUAUAUAAAAGGAAAAAGGUAAAAAGAAGUUUGGCAUCAUUCCCCCCUGUUUUUUAGAGACUAACAAGACUCUACCUUGUCUAGUCUCUACUCCAUAUUUAACCAGACCCCUGUAUCAUACAGCCAGCUAUUAUUUCAAGAAUAACUACAAAUAUAAGUAGUAUAAACAGUUGCUUUUGUCCAGGCCCAGUUCCAUAACCAUAAGGUCAGAAUGUCAAAGAUUAUCUCAAAGUUAAAUGUGCCUUUUUAAAGCCACCCGAUGUAGAAUUUGAGUUUGUUUUCAAAUUUCGACCAAAUCCUUAAUAAUUCUUUCACUCUGAUCUACAUGAGAACAACCAGUGUUAAUGAUUUUGCAGCUAGUAGGCAAUUUAGAGUCAUUCUGUUUUGUAAAACUUUACCAGGCAAAUCAUGGACUUCUUCUUGUGGGGCCAAAAUUGCAUCUGAAAUUUGCUUUUCAAUAUAUUCAAUAAUCCUUACUGUGAUCAAAUAUUACAAAUAUAAAUUUGGAAGUACAGCCCCAUGGGCACAGGCCCAAUCUUUAUCUAGGGGCAAAACUUACCAGACCGAAUUUUCACAUAUUCAAUACCACCCUGGCAAGUUGUUCUUAUGAAGAGCUUUGGAUACAUGUUGGACUAAAGCUGCAUGCAAAUUUUGGGACCAAAUCUGCACUAUAGUUACCAACUGUGCAUUGAACAUGCACAGAAGAAUAAUUUAAAUAACAUAGUCCUGAUUUGUAUCAGUUUCUGUUUUCCAGUUGUUUCAGGAGAGAGGUCUCUUAACUUGGGAGCAGUGAAUUCAGGGUUCCCUGCCAGCAGCCCUGGCUUGAGUGGGAGUAGUCAGGGCUUUGAAUGGUCCUCUCCACUUAGCUUGGAGGGUAACUGUCCCACCAUUUCACACAGGCCCAGCCCCCAGACUGGAGCAGGGCGCAGGUGUCCAGUCCUGUUGGGCUGGGGAAGCACGAUGAAUCUCUGGACCUUCUGCAAAGUGGAACCUUAGCUCCAAAUAAUAAAAACAUUUGGCACCAAUACAAGCAUCUCUUAUUUUAAGUCUCAUGAAAGUUACAAGGACUUCUAAACUUUUUUGGUUUUAUACAUACCAGACACUUGGCUUUAACCUGUGUUAAUGCUUUUUCCAUCUGGCUAUUUCUGAAAGCUCCAGCAAAAAGCAAGCAAACAAAGACACCAAGGAAAUGAAAGGUGCCUUGCUGUGAUGUUUUUCUAGAGCGGAACAUUGCUCUGAUAAUGAGCUGUGAAAUGUAGCAUGUGGAUGAUGAUGAAUGUAAAAACUUGCAUGUCUUUUUACGUGAAUGUUGUCUCCCUGAGAUGGAUUGUUAGUAUGAGCCCUGUAGUGUAGAAAUUCUGAAAAGAGAAGGGAAGGGAAGUGGAAAGAAGAUGCUUCUAGCGGGUUUUGCAGUGAACCACAUUGCCUUUUGACUGCUUUUCCCUCUCAGACUCAGAUUUGGUAGCAGGCCCUUACCAUUAGGAUAGUAAUAAACAAACUGCUCUGUUCCUAAAGUUAAAUCAUCUUCUUUCCUGCACUGGGAGGGACAAUCUGUUUGUAUUUCCAGCACAUCCUAUUUGUUCCCAGGCGUGGGCUCAAGGGGCUGCGCUGGCUGGGAGAUCAGUCAGGCUCACUGGUGAUGCCACUGCACUGCACUGGUGAUGCCUGUGCACUGUGACUGCAUGUGGCACUUCCUGCCCUCAGCCCACAUCCUGCAUCCAAAGUCUGUGCCUGUGCCAGGAGAUAACUCACUGUGGUUUGUUACAUUUUGCUGCUUAUGGCUAGAAGCUGCAAUGCAAACUAAAACUCUGAGAAUUCCGUUCCAUUUCCAGUAGGCACAGCCACUUGAAAGGAACUUGGGGCAACUUGGGGAAGUUUUGUGCUCGACCAGAA